AUGAGUAAAGCAUCACUGCCGAUGCGCAGACGCCAACUCAUCAGCGAUACGGCCAGUCUCCCGAGCCGCACGGAAACCGGCACGCGCACAGAGACCAGCAUGCGCACAGAGACUGCUGGCCUAUACACGCCCGAGCCGUGGGGCCCAGGCUUAACAGAGACGUUCAUGACUACCAUGGACGAGAUCUCGAAGUCAACGUAUACCACGGAGAUCGUGUUGGCUUCAAAUGAAGUGACGAUGACGGGCACCACGUCUGGCACCGUGUCUGACACCACGACGUCAACCACCAGCUCCACCGUCCCAACUAGCACAUCGAAUCUCUCCACUGAUGGCCUCUGUGGUGCUGCUAAUGGCGGAACAAUCUGCCUCGGCACGGCCUUCGGCGACUGCUGCUCCGAGUACGGAUACUGUGGUGAUACGAGCGGGCACUGCGGUUCGGGAUGCCAAAGCGACUUCGGCAUCUGUGAUGCUAUUACCGGCCCACCUGUAUCGACGGACGGCACGUGCAGCUCCCUCAGCACCCCCGGAGGCGCGACAUGCGCUGGUUCGGCGUUCGGCGACUGCUGCUCUGCGAGCGGCUACUGCGGAGCCACGGCUGCGUAUUGCGGGACAGGGUGUCAGGCGGAUUUCGGGAUGUGUUCCUCGAGCGGCCCGCCAGUGUCAACGGAUGGGCUCUGUGGUCAACCCAGCGGCACGACGUGCGAGGGCUCGGCAUUUGGCGACUGUUGCUCUGAGUAUGGGUUUUGCGGGGCCACGAAUGCGUAUUGUGGGACGGGAUGCCAGGCAGCAUUUGGGACCUGUGCCUAA